UCCACAUCCUCCUCCUCCACAGACCUCCGUCAGGCCGGGUGGUGGGUUGUUACAUAACCGGUGUCUCUUCCCCUCUCAGCAGGUCAGAAUGGCAGCGAUCAGGACUCUCAGGAAACUGUGCCAAUUGUCCCAGCAUCAAGUCUGUAAGCUGCACACAAGCGCAUCCAGACAGGAGGCGGUGGUCAUCUCAGGAAAGAAACUAGCACGACAGAUUCGAGAGGAGGCCCGGGCUGACGUGGAGAAAUGGGUUUCAGCUGGACACAGGAGACCCCAUCUGAGUGUGGUUCUGGUGGGAGAAAACCCAGCCAGUCACUCCUACGUCCUGAAUAAGACACGGGCUGCAGCUGAUGUCGGAAUCUCUAGUGAGACGAUUCUCAAGCAUUCAGACAUCAGUGAGGAGGAGUUAUUGGACCUGAUCUACAAACUCAACACAGACAAUCGUGUGGACGGCCUGCUGGUCCAGCUGCCUCUGCCAGAUCACAUUGAUGAGCGUGCAGUCUGUAAUGCAGUUUCCCCUACCAAGGAUGUGGAUGGCUUCCACGUAGUUAAUGUGGGUCGCAUGUGCCUGGAUCAGUCCACCAUGCUCCCUGCCACUCCCUGGGGAGUCUGGGAAAUUAUUAAACGCACAGGUAUUCCUACUAUUGGGAAGAAUGUUGUGGUUGCAGGACGCUCCAAGAACGUGGGCAUGCCCAUCGCCAUGUUACUGCACACAGACGGCCGUCAUGAGAGACCCGGAGGUGAUGCCACGGUCACUAUUUCUCACCGUUACACUCCAAAGGAGCAACUUCGCCAACACACUCUAAUCGCUGAUAUCAUUGUGGCUGCUGCAGGGAUUCCAAACCUCAUUACCGCGGACAUGAUCAAAGAGGGAGCAGCGGUGAUUGACGUCGGCAUAAACAGAGUGCAGGACCCAGUCACCGGAAAAAGCAGACUGGUGGGAGAUGUGGAUUUUGAAAGUGUGAGACAGAAGGCGGGCUUCAUCACCCCUGUACCCGGGGGUGUGGGACCCAUGACCGUGGCAAUGCUCAUGAAGAACACUAUCAAAGCAGCUAAGAACGUUCUGCUAUUUCCUCCAGAGAGGAUCCGCAUGGCGGCUGCGUCCUAAUGGGCCGAAAAAAAUCCAAGCGACAGCGACACAUUCCACCACCUCAAAACACCACCACCCCCUCAUUUUUAUACUUGCAGCAACCCGAAGAGCUCUCCUUGCACAUGGACUGGAAAGAGGAUAGCUUUAAGGCUCUCUUCCUGCUGACAUCUUUAACCUUCCUAAUUUCAAAUCCAGCCAUGUUUAGACUGUUACAUUCACUCAUGCAGCUGUGACUUUUACGUUUCAGUAUUUAUGAUGCAAUGUAUUUCUUUGGAGUAUUAACAAAUCUUGAACGACUUUAUUUAUUGCUACAUACUAUUUAAGCAUGAAUGGAGGCAGCUUUACAGCAUUUAACUCUAAGCUGGUUUAAACCAAGCAUUUGUUGUGCUUAUUUCAGAUAGUUUAGCUGUGUGUACCAAGAGUGAUAAGGGCUAACACCAUCAGGAACAAAUAUGUUUAUCACUAUAUAAGCUUUAAAGAUUCACAAUUGCCUUUGUAAAAAAACUUUGAAAUAAAUAUUGCCAAUAUGUUCUCAUAUUGAUGAUUUCU